AUGUCGGCCUCGCUGCCCGGUAAUCGGGAGCUGCCCGAGUCGCAGCACGACCUCAGCACGUACUGGGGCCGCGUGAAGCAGACGGCUAGUAUCACGGAUCCUAGGACCCUGUUCGCCGGCAAGCAUGGCCUCGAGAGCGCAAAGAGUAUGCUCAUCGCAUACAAGAAGGGCGACAUCAAGGAGAUGACACCGGACCUAUGGAAUGCGAAGAAGAUCGUGGACUCUACGUUACAUCCUGAUACGGGCGAACCGGUCCUCCUACCCUUCCGAAUGUCGUGCUUCGUGCUGUCCAACUUGGUGGUUACGGCGGGUAUGCUUACACCUGGCCUUGGGACGGCCGGAACUAUUGGCUGGCAAGUGGCUAACCAGUCCCUCAACGUCGCCAUCAACAACGCCAAUGCCAACAAGUCCUCUCCGCUCUCCUGGGGCAAGAUUGCGCAGUCCUACUUCAUGGCCGUGGGUGCCUCGUGCUCCGUGGCCGUGGGCCUGAACUCGCUUGUACCGCGUCUGAAGCGCCUCUCGCCGGCGACCCGUACGGCCCUGGGCCGCCUCGUGCCGUUCGCGGCUGUCGCGUCGGCCGGCGCCCUGAACGUGUUCCUCAUGCGCGGCGAGGAGAUGCGCACCGGCAUCGACGUGUUCCCCGUGCUGUCGGAGGCGGACAAGGCGCGGCUGGCGGCCGAGGGCAAGGCCGAGAACGACGUGCCGAGCCUGGGCAAGAGCAAGAAGGCGGCCGUCGUCGCCGUCAGCGAGACGGCCCUGAGCCGCGUGCUCAACAGCAGCCCCAUCAUGGCCGUCCCGCCGCUGAUCCUCAUGCGUCUGCAGCGCACCGACUGGCUCAAGAAGAACCCGCGCUACACGACGCCCGUCAACCUGGGUCUGAUCCUGGGCAUGAGCUACAUUGCGCUGCCGCUGGCGCUGGCGGCCUUCCCGACCAGGCAGAAGAUUAGCGCUGACAGCCUGGAGGAGGAGUUCCACGGCAAGGGCGGCGACGGCGGUUUGGUUGUCUUCAACAGAGGAAUCUGA